GGGUGCCAGGGGCCAGCCUGCCCAUGGAGAUCCCGGAGAGCACGGAGAGCCGAGCCGGCCAGUGCGCGCGACGCCGCCGCCAACCGCCCGCAGCCCCGGACCGCCCGACGCGGCGCGGGGGCGCGGACUCCGGAUCCGCAGGCUUCUGGAGACCGUGGGUGGACGACCGGGGCGAGAAGGCGGAGGAGGCGCCGCAGCAGGCCGCGCAGGCGAUUCCCGAUGGCCCCGGAAUAACGGACGCCUUAGGAAAGCUUUCCCGAUACAAACACCCCGUCAGACUGUUUUGGCCAAAAUCAAAGUGUUGUGAUUACUUAUAUCAAGAAGCAGAAGCUCUUCUGAAAAAUUUUCCAAUUCAAGCCACAAUUUCAAUUUAUGAAGAUUCUGAUAGUGAAGAAGAAAUUGAGGAGCUGAUCUGUGAAAAUUAGUCUAUUUUGAUGACAUUCAA